AUGUCAAACUAUGAAACAGAUAGCUAUAGUAGUAGUAGCAGCAGUAGAAACAGCAAUGGUAAAAAGCUGACACAAAAGCUGAAGAGAUUCUCUACUUUUAUUUCAAAGAAAAUCAAAACAAAGCUGAACACUACGACAACCACAACCACAACGAAUCCUUGUAGUAGUAGUUUGACAGCAACAGACAUCAAAGAUAUAGAUCCUCUGGUCGAGAUAAAACAAGAACCAUCCAACAUGCAAAAAGAUAAGAGCCAUUUCAAAAAAAGGCACAGCAGUUAUAUCUCAUCUUGUACGAAAACACCGCCCCUAUCCAACACAACGCCAAGAAGCUAUUUUUCUUCAAUUGAAUUGAAGAACAACAACAACAACAACAACACCAGCAAUGGUAGUUAUAAUAAAGUAGAUAUAUUGAAAGAACAGUAUUAUUAUGACAAAAAUGAUAACCACGAUUUGGACCAUCUUUUAUCAUCCUCAUUAUCUCCACCUCCAAGAUCACAAAUCAACAAAUCGAAAUCGACUCUUAUCACUAGCGGUAGAAAGAGUACUGAUGACGCUGGAUGCGUCAAUCAGCGUCAUAAACCUAGUCUUUGUAGAAGUAACACGCUAGGCACCUAUUACCAAUAUUACCAUCAAUACCAUAGAGCUAAACAUCUCGCCCGUCCAGUGAGUCAUAGCAGUGAGAACAGUGAUCGAUACGUGGACGAUGGCAAUACUAGUGUUAUGACAUCAGCCACGAGUUUCACAACCACUACGUUAACGGCCGUCGCCACUCCUCAGACCAGCACUGCAGCCGCACACGUUCUUUUGUAA